CAAAAGACGGAACAAAAGAUGAAGCCAAUACGUCAGAAAAAGAACGGUUAUUUGAUACGUCAAAAGAGAAUAAAAAAUAUUCAAACAUCAAAAAAGACGAAGAAAAUAUGGCAGAGAUCGUUAAAAGCUUAAAGUUAUUUUAA